CAACAGAAACUGGAGGGCACGCCUCUCAUAAAAGCCAAACCCAGCGAGCUCCUUGCCUUUCUCCGGUUCCCCUUCCCCACCCCCAUCGGCCGCCCACCACUGGGACCCGAACCCACGGGGUCCCCCGAUUCAGCCCACUCCCGCAUGCGCGCGCCUCCUCCCUGAGCCCCCACUCCCCUCGCCGGAGCGCGCCACCAUGGAUGAGUACCGGCCGCGCGUGUCGCCGGCGACCGAGCGGUUCGUCGGGCUGUUCUCUUCGCCCUCGUCUUCGCCGACGGAGCCGUCGUUCGUCGCUGGGGAUGAGUUUCACGAGGACGACUUCCUGUUCUCGUCCGGUCCCGCCGCCGCCUCGGACGCGCCGCCCGAUGGGUUAGGGAGCCAAAGGGUCCCGCACAGCCACCUCGGCCUCCUCGCCGCGCUGCACGAAGGGGACAAGAGGCUCCUUGUCCGCCGCGGCAGCGGGGCCGGCGGGGUAGCGGCGUCUGCGGCCGCGGCAACCGCCGGGACCCUACUCCGUCGCAAGGCGACCAUCGCGGCCGCCGCCUCAGCAUCUGGCAAGUCGCCAUCGCCCACCCUUUCCCCGAACUCCGUUGCGUGGGCUAUCCCGGCGAUCCCGAGGCCCAAGAGCCGGGAACAGGCCCCGCAGUACCACCAGUCGGCUCCAGUAAAGGUGCCCGUCCGUCCGCCUCUGAAGCCGGCAAUGGACAGGUGGGACGAACUUGACGACGAUGACGAGCUCCGGCACGGGGAUGCCGCCAUGCUGCCCCCGCACGAGAUGGUCGCGCGCGCGUCCGCUGCUGCCACGGGGCCGUCCGCCCCGUUCUCGAUGCUCGAGGGCGCCGGUCGCACGCUCAAGGGCCGAGACCUGCGACGGGUGCGUGACGCCGUGCUCCGGCAAACAGGGUGGCUCGACUGAAUCCGGCGAGGAAUUUUUAGGAACUUCGGGAAGCCCUUGAACAUAUGAAUUUCUUUUUAUUUGAACUAUUGCAUGCAUCAGAGUUCAGAACUUGAAUGCUUUCGGAAAGCUGAAAUCGAGAUGCUUUCUAUCCAGGAGAUUUUGAGCGAAGUGAAGAUGGUUAAAUUGAUGCAUGUUGCAGAGUCAGUAUUCAUUGUGAGUUCUGUACAACAGUCUUUAUGCUUGCUGUUGGUGUUCAAGAAGAUGAUAGGGGGGAUUUAGGCCUGGUGCUUGAUGUCGAUAACAAUAGUGUUCUGAGACGAUUUGGUUAGAUUUGGACUGUGAACCACUUUCUUCCACUUCCAGUGAUCCUUAGUUGCGGAAAGUUGGUUCUGUUGCCCUUUUUUUAGCUUUAUUCCUUUGUGCUCCUCUUUCCCAUUGUCAAUUCCAAACUUGCGCUGCAGUGCUCUAGUCAAUUGCUGGUUGGAACCUAUUCGCCAUACCAGUUCAAGGAUCAGUACAAUGGCUCACAGCCUCACACCAAUUGAACUUGCA